AUGUCUGCGGUCCUCUUAGGUAAACGCUAUGUAUCCACUCCUGACCCGGAGAAUAUCAAGGCGGUACUAGCAACAAAGUUCGUUGACUUCGACCUGGGCGAGAGGAACGCGGCGUUCAGGCCGCUAUUGGAGACGGGAGUUUUCACUCAGGACGGAAGGGAAUGGGAAAGGAGCAGGGCGCUCCUCAGACCUAUCUUCAACAGAGCGCAAGCAUUACCUGACCUCUUGCUGAUCGAAGAGCACGUUCAAAGUCGACUUUAUCGGAUUCCCAGAGGAUAUGACAUAGUCAACCUCCAGCAGCUCGUUCGCGACUUGACUCUCGACAGCGCAUUCAUUCACUUCUUGGCCGGCCGGCCAAGAUCGCAGGAAGCCGGCGAGGAGACUUCGACGCUGAACCGUUCAGUCACGCAUUCGACGAGGCCCGGUCUUAUCUCCAGGAGUCCGGCUCAUGAGAAUAGAGGCAAGCUGGGGAGAGGGUGUGGGAAUGAGAGCGAGAGCGAGGGCUGGUAUGACCUUCUCUCUAAGGUAGCCGACACAGUCAGCGACGGCGUGCAGAUUCGCAGCCAGCUGCUGCACGUGCUUUUGGCCGCGAGGGAUACCACAGCAAGACUGUUGAGCAGUGUCUUCUAUAUGCUUGCACGGCAUCCGAGCGUCUGGCGGAAACUGGAGAGGGAGGUGCUUGUAGAGUUUGGCCUUGCAACCCAGGGAGAUGGGAAAUGCCCAUUACCGACAUAUACCCAGCUCCGCGAGAUGAAGUAUGUGCGGGCAGUGUUGAAUGAAGGAUGCACACGCCCAACCUUCAGCCCUCCGCCUCCUCCCUCCAGUCCCUACGAACAUCCGGUGCGCAACACAACACACAUUCCUCCCGCGCGGCGGAGGCGUCGACGGAUGCCAGCCUAUAUUCGUGGCCAAGAAGGCGAUCGUGCAUUAUUCUACCGGACGAUGCAAAGGUUUACGGAAAUCUACGGGGACGACGCCGAGCAGUUUCGUCCAGAGCGGUGGGUGCCGCUCCGUCGAGGUUGGGGAUUCCUCCCCUUCAGCGGUGGCCCAAGGAUCUGCCUAGGCCAGCAAAAGGCGCUGACGGAGGCUGUGUACGUGGUUGUGAGGAUGGUGCAGACAUUUUGCGACAUCGAGGCCAGGGAUGAGAGGCCAUGGCGGGAGCAGAUGGGGUUAGUGCUCAGUAGUUACUAUGGAGUGAAGGUUGGGUUGAAGAGCCGGAAUGGUGGAAGUUGA